GACACUUUUGACGAAGAAGAAGAGGAAGAAUCCUCACGUUCCGAACCACCGUAACCGAACUCCUGGAAGAGCAGCGAUGCCGAAUGAUGUCCGAAAGUCGAAGCCCGUCAAGGCAGCGAAAAAGAAACAUGACUCGGAAUCACCAAAGCGGCCCGCGGGAGACACCCACGGCAGGAAACCCGCCGUCAGCCGUCCCGGGAGCCCAGAGAGACCCAAGAAACUGUUGGACAAAGCAAAUCUUCACCCACACCUAUACCGGUAUUCGCGGUCCAUUUCGUCACCGUGGGCACAACCUGCUACAGCGGCCCCGAGUGCUGUUCCUUCCCCGGUUAACCAAACAGUCUUCCUAUAUCCUGGAGCAGUCAGUCGCCCCGUUUCACCAGAUAGAACUGAAGGGUUUCUGCACGAAAAAAAGCGCCCAGAUGCUCCUCACGUUACCCGUCCGUAUCGUGGAGCCCCCGAGACAGCGCGUCGACAAAGCGUCGUACCUCUUACCGAGCUUCCGAAACGCCCCCACGCGGUGUGGAAGAAACAGGAUGACAAAGGUGCAAAGCGCUGGAGAGCCUUUGGAGAGAAGGCGCAACCAGCAGAAACGGAACUCCCCGCGCCCGCCCCAGCACAAGCGGAAGCCCAACGUAGAAAAGUGGGCGCUGCGCGGCCACGCAAACAGAAUACGUGUUGUCCAGAGACCAACCAAGAAGCCCUCUGCAUUGCCGCCUUCUUCAUUCUGCAAACUGUCGGCAUCACAUUAAUCAUCUACUAUAUAACCGCAGUGUUGGAGAGAGAAACCACCACAGAGGGAAGCGCAGACGGAUCGUACGACGAUAUGUUCGGGAGUUCGGCAUACGACGCUGAGCGAAUGAUUGAUUGAUUUAUGCCACUAAAUUUCAUGCGUCGUCAA